GACCGCGUCAUUUUGUUUCCUGACUUUGUCGCAAGUGUUAGCGGUGCGUAAGUUUUUCUGUGCGGUUUUCAAGAAUUGAAGAAAUCACGAUGAAGUUCUUUCCAGUCGUUUCAACCACUGCGUUUCUGACAAUUCUGUGUCUGGUUGCGUCACGCAGCCCCGCGUCCGCGUUUCCAACAGACUCUCGCAAGGCGCAGGAAAACGUGAUUUAUCAUCAAACCAUGACUCCAACUUGGCUGGAGGAGCAGGCGUCCUAUAUUGACAGUUCCCAUACGAAAACCACCGAACAACUCAGAUUUAACUCAGGCUCAGUGAAUCGCGCUGCCCUCCUUAAAGUUCCCAUGAUUCCUGCUGGUGUCUUGCAAUAUUCCGCUCCGCUGACCGUUAAAAUUGUGGUUUCUCAUGACGUCAGUAUCGGGACAACACAGGACAGUGAUAUUUCAUAUGGUGUGUCAGACGGGAUAGCUGUUGUCGGGAUUACUACGAGAGAUAAAUUUACUUACACUAGCAGCUCCCCGUGUCAUGGGUUCGAGAGUACCUCUGGUACAACUUUGAGUCAACAUGGAUGGAUCAAUUAUUCUUCACCCAAAGUAAGCGACUCUUUCUAUCCCGGUCAGUUUGUGAUCACCCUGAAGCUGGAUGAACGCUGGGGCUCGUGCUACACUGCGCAUGACGGAGGCUUCGUUAAGACCACUUCCUACACCAAGCGACUGAUGCUCAACAAAGGACUGACGCUCGAGGUAUACAAGCAAAACGCAGGUGAGAAAGUUGGAAUCAAGUACAUCGAAGUCACUGUCCUUCAAGAUGCUUAGCAUACAAAAGGAACCUGUCAGAAAAUCCGAAAUGCAAAGUCUCAAUUAUUAAGUAUUUAGCGUGCACUCAAAUGAGACGAGAAACUUAGACUUUAGCAUGAAACCGUAACGAAACUUUGCAUUCAGUGCAAAAUUAAGGGAUAUAAAUCAGUAAGGGGAAUUUGAUUUUGUUAUUUCCUAUAGCAAAACGUGAUCAACAAUAAUGGAAUUCUUCAUGUAAUCCGCUUUGCUUGCUGGAAUAAAAAGAAAAACAGGUGUUGGUAAACUG